AUGUGGCCGGCCGUCUUCACGAUGCUUGCUGCCUCUUUGGCCACUGUUCUUAUUGAGGGCAAGAAUUUCGGCGCAUUGGCCCUGUAUGGCGUUAGAAGCGUCAGCGCAAAGAUCAAUAACGUGACCGGUAGAAGCCCGACUUCAGGCAACGAGUCCAGGACCACACAGGAUCGUGCUGUUACCCUAGAAGAUGAGAUACCUGAUCCCGUCCCCAAGGAGCAUCAAGUUAGGUGGUGGGAGUGGUCCAGUAUUACUCUCUUGCCGUGCAUCGUGGCCAUGGUAGCAUUCAAGUAUUUGUAUGGAAUAUCGCCGGCUUUGAUCUUACUCAAUGCAUUCUUGGGACUUAUCUGGGCCUUGGUCAUCAUUCAGGUCUUUGGAGCCAGUGGUAUCAAUCCUGUCGGGACUGUCGCUAAAGGAUCACAAUUUAUCACUGGUGGCAUUGCACGAAACCCUGCCGACAAAGCCAUUUCGGCGACUGGGUCAAAGACUGUUCUCGUUGGAGCAACGUUGUCUUCGUGUGCUGCGAGUCAAGCAGGUGAACUCUGCCAAGAUUUCAGAACCGGCUUCCUUCUAGGCACUCCAGCAAGGGCUCAGUGGCAUGCACAAGUGCUAGAUGCCACGGCAACUCAGUGCCAGUUUGCUCUGCCCUCGGUCACGACGUGGCGAGUGGUCACCGAAGCUAUCCUGGCACCUCAAUUUCCCAUUUCCCACUCCAGUUGGAUCUUCAGCAUGGUUUUCUCCGUGCUGGGUGUUGCUAUUGUGAUGCUGAAGCGAUUUAUACCACAAAAGCCAAACUUGAAGCAGUACCACGUUUGGAUCCCCAAUAUGCCUCUGGUGGGACUGGCAAUGACUAUUGCUUCUUCUCAAACGGUUCUCACCCCCGCUAUCGGGUCAGCGUUUGCAGCGACAUGGGGCAAAUUUUGGCCCAAGUUCCACGAGAGACUUUUAUAUCCUAUUGCAUCAGGCGGAAUCGCUGGCGAGGGUGUUGGCUAUGUCGUCUUGAGUAUUCUCCAGAUCGCUGGCGUGGGGGGCGACAAAUAUGGCACUAUGCUUGGAUCCUAUGGAGGAGCUUGUUAA